GCGCUUCAGACUUCAUGUUUGGUAACCUCACGCGCAUGUUACCAAACGUGCCCGUCACUCUUUCUUCGCUGGUCUGUAUGUUCAGCGUAAACACGACCGCUGCAGACUUCUUUACGCCAUUAAAGACCGAUUGCCAGGAUGUCCGCUUCUCGUACGGUCAUAUGUCUGCUGAGAAACGACCUGCGUCUGCAUGAUAACGAGGUGUUUCACUGGGCUCAGAGGAAUGCCGAGCACAUAAUCCCCCUCUUCUGCUUCGACCCGCGUCAUUACCAGGGCACCCAUCACUUCAACUUCCCUAAAACUGGUCCGUUCCGUUUACAAUUCCUUCUGGACAGUGUGAAAGACCUGAGGGCAACACUGAAGAAACGGGGAAGCACCCUGGUGGUCAGACAAGGAAAGCCGGAGGAGGUUGUUGGUGAUUUGAUUAAGCAGCUGGAUUCAGUCACAGCUGUGGCAUUUCAUGAAGAGGUGGCGUCAGAGGAAAAGACUGUGGAGAAGAAGCUAAAGGACAUCUGCUGCCAAAACAAAGUCAAAGUUCAGACUUUCUGGGGGUCUACACUUUACCACAGAGAUGAUCUGCCAUUCAGUCACAUUGGAGGGUUACCUGACGUUUACACCCAGUUCAGAAAGGUGGUUGAGGGACAGGGCAAAGUGCGACCUGUCCUUUCCACCCUGGAACAGGUUAAAUCUCUUCCCCUUGGACUGGAGGAGGGUCCUAUACCUACGUUUGAGGGCCUGGGACAGACAGAGUCGGUGAUGGACUGCCGCUCUGCCUUCCCGUGCCACGGUGGAGAGACUGAGGCUCUUGCUAGGCUGAAACAUUACUUCUGGGAUACAAAUGCCAUUGCGACUUAUAAGGAGACUCGGAAUGGCAUGAUCGGAGUGGACUAUUCCACAAAGUUUUCUCCUUGGCUUGCGUUGGGCUGCAUAUCACCCAGAUACAUCUAUGAGCAGAUAAAGAAGUAUGAGGCCGAACGAACCGCCAACCAAAGCACAUACUGGGUGAUAUUUGAACUUCUGUGGAGAGAUUACUUCAAGUUUGUGGGUUUAAAAUAUGGAAACAGAAUAUUUCAUAUGAAUGGUCUGCAAGACAAGCAUGUGCCCUGGAAGACAGAUAUGACAUUGUUCAAUGCAUGGAAAGAGGGGAGAACUGGGGUGCCGUUCGUCGAUGCGAAUAUGAGGGAGCUUGCACUGACAGGAUUCAUGUCCAACAGAGGACGUCAAAAUGUGGCCAGCUUUCUGACCAAGGACUUGGGUUUAGACUGGAGACUGGGCGCUGAGUGGUUUGAAUACCUGCUGGUAGACCAUGACGUCUGCAGCAACUAUGGAAACUGGCUCUAUAGUGCCGGAAUAGGAAAUGACCCACGAGAAAACAGGAAGUUUAAUAUGAUCAAACAAGGACUGGACUAUGACAAUAAUGGGGACUAUGUCCGACAGUGGGUUCCAGAGCUCGGAGGUAUUAAAGGUGGGGACGUGCACACGCCCUGGACCCUCAGCAACUCGGCACUCUCACACGCCAAAGUUUCACUCAACGACACAUACCCUUCCCCCAUCGUCAUAGCGCCUGAGUGGGGCCGUCAUGUCAACAACAAAUCAUCUGGUCCAUCAUCAACAAAAGGAAGGAAGGGCUCCUCUUACACACCAAGACAACACAAAGACAGAGGCAUUGACUUCUACUUCUCCAAGAAAAAGAGUUUCUGAGGAUGAGAUGUAUUGGAUUAGUGCUUUUUCUUGAGCUGCUUCACAAAUAAUAAUAGGGCAUCUGCUCAGGUCACAGGUUACAGAAUGGAAUGAGGAAGGGGAAAUUAAAAAUAUUGUGGUUUUGGGUUGCUCUUUCUGAAUCUGUUUUCACAUGCAGAUACAGAAACUGCUGCUCAUAUUUUGAGGACAUUAUGACAAAAUGUAGCUCUAAUUUUCAUGUGUUUGUAUAUAUUGUAUUGAAUGCAAUAUUGUAUUUUGGUUGUUUUCAUAAAUCCCUGUGAAUGUCCUGGUUUAGUAAAGGAUGUUGAAAAGUUUAUGAAGCUUUUUUUCAGGGUUUUUUUUUUUUUUUUUCAGACCUAAACAUUUUUUUUGGAGGGGGUAGUUUUGCCUUUUUCUCAUGAAACAAUGAUAUAUCAUGUAAAUUAUAAACAAACUGUCAAAAAGUUUUAAUAAAGUGCACAUUCAGAGUA